UUUCUUUCAGUAAAACAAAGUAGAGUCACUUUUAUUUAUUGUGCAUUUCAUAAAACAAUGACCUUCCUCUAAAAGUCAGUUCACAUUAGGCCUGGAUUAAUCUGCUGAUUAAGACUGCUGUUACAGCUAGUAGCGUUCAAUACCUUUUUGAUCGUAAUCUUGAACUGGCAACUAAACUGCAUCUCGUUUCACACAUGAUCAAGUUAAGAAGUCUCAAAGUGGUUCGCCGCAGGGAGGAAGACGGACGCGCGCUCUAAAGGUUGUCUGGUCUCGCUCUAUGAGUACGGGAAGAAGAAAAAUAUCCGACGCCACGCGCGUUUUAACCUGUGCAGACAGCGGCGGCUCGAGCGCCUCGGAUGAACUCGGAGGCUGAUUGAUGGGCGAGACUUAGGCCAGCCACGUAGCGAUGGACUGUAAACGGUAACGGCGGUGGGCAAGGACUUUCUAGUCGCAAACUCAAGCUAUUUAUGAUAGCUGGAGAAUGUGUGCUGAUGCAAGCGAUUGCAAACUGUUCGUAAACACUCACGGUACCAGCCAAGGAGCACUUUGUCUCGAGCAAGAAUAAGAUCUGUAUUUUUAUCCGAUCCCUACACUACUUGGGGUGCAUGGAAUGAGGGAGAGGGCGCUCGUGUCUCGGGUAGUGUCUGGCUGCAGGGUGCCGAUCUGGAGCAGCUGGUAAUGACUGAGAUCUGAUCAUUGAGUGCAAAUGCACUAAGGUGGCUUUUGUGUCUGAUUCAGCAGAGAUUAUAGAUGAGGCAUUGCUAUUGUUUUUGCAUGGGAAAUGGAGAUACUGUUGAGCGAUUGAAGCUGGGAUCUUAAGACAAGAAGACUUGCCUUCAGAAGCCAUCUUAUUUUGGGGAAAUAUGCACGUGUAGAUGCAUAGUGAUGCAGACUUUGCGUUAGUACUGUUGAGGACUGAAAUUAGUCAAUCGCCGUCCUCCUGUCUCACAUUUUUUGAUAUUUCUCAUGAUGGUAAAACUAAUGGAGCCCUGGUUUGGCUUAGGCUAAUUUGUGUUUGGGUUUUACCUAUUCCACCCUCCUGUUUUCCUAUUCUCUUGACCCUUGAAUUUAUUUUGCCCUCCUCUCAUUCUGGAGAGGAGGGGUUGGUCACCCUUGCCCCUAUAUCUCCUUGAGAGGAAAUAGUACAGAUUUUCAAGUUUGAAGAGGGAAACACAUAAGACAUUUGAAAAGGCUGCCACUCACGCAGACGGCUGCCAAUGAUGUCCUGCCAGACACUGAAGGAGGAGGUGUCUGGCCCAGAGACAAUGUCUCAGGAGGAGACUCAACCCCCCCAAACCUAUUUCCAUAACGCCUCCACUCCUGAUGCCGAACUAUCGGCGAAACUGUUCAAACGAGAUGUAACGGUCCAACCAUUCUCUUUGGUCAUCGACAACACGAUGGGUACUAGGCCAGAGUCGCACAUGCCUUCUGAUUUGAACCCCCUUCCUGCCCUAGUUCAGCAGUUUUAUAGGGAAGGAACGGGACAAUCUGGGACAAAGGGGGUGCCCCAGAGAGGGAAUGGAGAAACCUCUGAAGAUUCAGAAGCUGAAAAUGAAGCCGGGGCGGAGGAUGAAUUUAAACGAGCACAGAUUAUCGUGGAGGUCAACCUGAAUAACCAGACCCUCCACGUGUCCAAAGGGGACGAUACGGAAAAUCUUAACACUGCAGAAGAAGACAAGAGCAACAGUGAGGAAGAGGAAGAAGAGGAUGAGGAGGAAGACAGUGCAGAAGAUGAUGAUAGUGCUGAAGAGGAUCUGGAAGAGGAGGAUGAAGAUGAAGAAGAGGAAGAGGAGAACAAUAGUCGGCGAACAAGAGCACAACAAGCACACAGGGGCAGAGAGGCUAGUCAGCCAUGGCGGAAGAGUCGCCGCUUAACCACAUCAUCAACAGGAAGUGCAACUACAUCCACCACCGGCAUGACCACCAGGGGACGGAGGAAGAAUGCCGAAGUCCUGCACCAAAAGCGUAGACCAGCCAGGGAGGCCAAAGGUUCUGCUGCUUCUGCCUCAGGAGCAACGGGUGCAGGAGGAGGGCCCAAGGGAGAAGGUGAGGAGGAGACGCUGGCGUGUGAAAAAUGUCCACGUGUGUUUAACACCCGCUGGUAUCUCGACAAACACAUGAAUGUCACGCACCGACGCAUGCAGAUCUGUGACAAGUGUGGGAAGAAGUUUGUGCUGGAGAGUGAACUCGCCCUGCACCAGCAGACGGACUGUGAGAAGAACAUCCAGUGUGUGUCAUGUAAUAAGUCCUUUAAGAAGCUGUGGUCUCUUCAUGAGCAUAUUAAGAUUGUCCAUGGCUUUGCAGAGAAGAAAUAUGCCUGUGAGAUUUGUGAGAAGAAAUUCUACACCAUGGCUCAUGUCCGCAAGCACAUGGUCGCUCACACAAAGGACAUGCCAUUUACCUGUGAAACCUGUGGAAAGUCUUUUAAGCGCAGCAUGUCACUGAAAGUGCACUCACUUCAGCAUUCAGGAGAGAAGCCCUUCCGUUGUGAGAACUGUGACGAGAGGUUCCAGUAUAAAUACCAGCUGCGGUCGCAUAUGAGCAUUCACAUAGGACACAAGCAGUUUAUGUGCCAGUGGUGUGGCAAAGACUUCAACAUGAAACAGUAUUUUGAUGAACACAUGAAGACACACACAGGUGAGAAGCCAUUCAUCUGUGAGAUUUGUGGGAAGAGUUUCACCAGCCGCCCCAACAUGAAGCGACAUCGGCGCACCCACACAGGAGAAAAGCCUUACCCAUGCGAAAUAUGCGGCCAGCGUUUCCGCUUUUCCAACAUGCUCAAGGCACACCGGGAGAAGUGCUUUCGCGUCACCAGCCCGGUGACCCUUCAACCUGCCACCAUGACGAUUCCUAUUCAGCUUACUGGCCACACCCACAGUCCACCUCAGCCCACUCAGUCAACGCCUUCCAUUGCAUCCGUAGGCCCUGGAAUGAUUUGUCCUGCCACGGGGCCCCUGCCUCAGAGAGCGGUUGCGACACACGUCUUUACUCAUAUGCACAUGCCGACCACACCCGUACAACAACACCCCACACAUACUCAUUCUUCUGUCCAUCACACAGGACACACCCCCAUGACGAGCCACGCCUCUCAGCAUAUUUCAGUGCAGCCUUCUGUCCUACCCCCACCUCCUGCCCUUUUCAAGAGCGAGCCAAUAAACCACUGCGCACAUGAGGACGCAUACCUGCGACAGGGCGCUGCACAGCAACACCAUUAAAACCGAAUGCAGCUCCAAUAAGGUGCUCCUUGGAGAAUAGAGCAGAAAGGCACACAUUACUGCAUUAUACACCUGUCUAAUUCACACUCAAUGAAAAGGUGAUCUUUAUGUGUAUGUGUUGGGGGAAGAAAAAAAAACUGAUUACAGACUACAAACAUACUUGCCACUAGCACUGGUGACCAAACAGGUUUUUUAGAUGGAUGAACUCUGUGAACUCAACACAAAACACAACUUCUGAAAGCAUUACUCUGAUUCAUCAAACUCUGAUUACACAAAAUGGUUGUGUAUCACAAUGAACAAAACAUUGUGUGCCAUUGUGGUUUAAAUGGCAAAAACGUGACCUCUUACUUUCUCUCUCUCUCUCUCUCUCUCUUAGGGGCCGUUCACACCAAACGUUUUUGUGUGUUUGCGCUGUUUUUCUGUUUAAACAUGUGCUAGACGUCUUUGAUUGUUGCGUGCCGUCUAAAAAGCACUUAAAUAUUAAAAACAUGUUUUACGAGACCUGCAGUCUGUUCUAUUCGUUGCACUGCAUCUAUUUUUUUUUUUUACACAAGAUCGUGUUGGUUCUGAACAGCCCCUUAUUUUUUAUCAACUCAUCUGCUGCUGCAAGGGUUCUACGGGUUCAAAUAUUUACAGGUUAAAGGUCUAAGUUUCAAAAUCACAAAUCAAUCACUUUAAAAUGCAGUGUAACUACUUUAGAAAUGUAGGUCUUCCCAACCAUUCAAAAUAUUCCUACAUUAUGAAAUACUGACACAAAUACAUGUCACACUUACAUAAUAUACAGCACUUAAGCAAACUCAGUGUAGUCUAUAUGACAAAUCUUUCUGUUGCCCGAUUGUGGUUGUUGAUGCUUUUCUUCCAAUAUUGGAUUUUUUUGUUUUGUUUUUUUAUAAUUAUUAAAAUGUGCUUUCUGGAUAAUGCCUGUAGCUCUCUGAUGUGUUCAGUCAGAAUUUGAGACUGUUAAGACCAAUGCUGUGAUGUGAAAUAGGAGGACUGCACCUGAAGCAGAAAAAGCGAAUUCUUUGUUUUACUGUAUGUGCUAUAUGAUCUAACUCGCUUAACCAAUAUUUUUAUUUGUGUAAUGUAGAUAUAACUUACUCUGUGCACAUUUUUAAAGGAAAACAGAUUUGUACGUUGAAGUGAGAUUGUGUGAUGGAUUGGAAGAUAUGGAAAGGAUUAGUUUCUUAUCAUGUAUUCUACAGAAUGUAGGAGAGGAGUGCCGUUAUGUUUGUCUGUAUGCGUGUGUGACAUAUUAUGCCUCUGUGGUGCUGGUAUCAAAAGCUGCUUUGUAGUUUCUAUCUAUCUUUUCCUACUACAUGAUUCUUUAUCAUGCAGAUAAUUAAAGGAAUUGUUCACCCCAAAAAAAUGGAAAUUCCAUUAUUUACUCACCCUCACAACCUCCCCUGUUCCAGAUCUGUACGACUGUCUAGAAAGAUGUCCAUGAUAAUUUUUUCCAUUAAAAGUGAACGGUGACCACAGCUGUCCCUGGUCCCCAUCCACUUUCAUUGUAUGUAAAAGAGCAGCUUAGACAUUGUUAAAUAUUUCCAUGAAAAGAAAGUUAUGGGCUUUAAAAAAGACGAGGGUGAGAAAAUGUUUGCAGAAUUUCAGUUUUUUGGUUUUGAUGAAUUAUUCCUUUAAAGUAUGUGUAUGUGUUAAAAUGGUUCUUUUGUGUUAAAUAGUGAAGGUAGGAGCAGCACAGAGAAAGUAACGAGAAGCCUUGAGUCAAUCACUGUUGAUUGAUUGAUUGAUUGUGUGAUUUUGUUUGUUCUCUCAUUAGACUGUCUGCCCUCUGCACUUUACUGCCAAGUUAGAGGUUUGCGUAACUGACAAAGAAUGAUUAAAUGUCCAGUAUGUUAAAGGGAUGGUUCACCUAAAAAUGAGAAUUCUGUCAUUAUUUACUCACCUUCUUGUUUUUCCAAACAAGCUGAGCUGUUAGCUAGAAUGUUAGAGACUGACCGCCUCGGUCACUAUUCACUUUUAUUGUAUGGGAAGAAAAUGGUAACCGAGAAUUCUGUCCCUAACAUUCUCCAUAACAUCUCCAAUUGUGUUCAACAGAUGAUAGUCACGUGUGUGAAAGUCAGUAAGUGAUGAUCGAAUACAUUUUUGUGAGGGUGAACUAUCUCUUUAAAGUUGGCAGGCUGUUGGAAAAUGGGGAGAAUCACAUAGGGAGAAGUUUGAAUCUUUUGUUAAAUGUUAGUGAAAUUUAGUCUGUUGCUAUAAUUCACCUGUAUUCAACCAUUUAUUUUUGCUUCAAGUGUUGUCCCUUUUCAUCUGUGAAGUUCUCAUUAGUAAAUGUGGCAGUCAAUCUUGUCUUUUAUUAACCAAUGUUAUUACAGUUAUAUGCAUUUGAUUCUCUCCCUUCUCCAUCAGUUGACAGAAUGCACUUUUUUAAUAAAAUCUUUCUAGAUGAGCAAAAUAAGCAGACCAUAAUAAUGUUUAUUCUUGUUAGGUGUUUUAAAACAAAUGGACUUCCUAUUCUCAUCCAGUCUGUUUCAGUCUCUCUACACCAACUCGAGCAGUGUUUUACUUGGGCGUUGAGUCUGGUACAAAAACUUCUUUAUAAACUGUUUGUUUUUGUUUCUCCAAGAGACCAUAAUGGACUUGCAUUAAUUUCAGGCCUUUUUAUAAUGUUCAUUUAACACAUUUUCUGCUAACUUUAAAGAAGUAAAACAAAAAAUAAUAUUGAAU